CUAAGUAUCUUGGUUUUUCUUUUCCUAGCUUCCACUGAAGGAUCCUUUGAAAGAAGAGUUUCACCUUGAAGGAUGCUUCAAACCAACAUGGGGAUAUUUUGGACAACCUUAUGCUUCCUGGUAUAUGGUUUGAACACAGACCUGGGUGUCCUGGCUAUCGCGAGCUCCCAGCCCCAGGAGGACUCAGAAGGCCUUGACAGUCCUUCAGAAGACACCAUAUCUCCAGAGAUGCUACAGGAGAUGCUGUGGUUUUUCCGAAGAGAAGACCCAUCUGCAUGGAAUUAUUCUAUCCUGGUCCUUUCCGUUCUCGUUCUGCUCAUUGGUGUUGUGCUCCUGGGAGCAAAUAUUAGGGCCAACAGAAACCAGAAGGCCUUUCUCUUACGCAAAGAAGGCUAUGAAGUCACCCCGCUGGAUGAGGCAGAAGCGAAGCAAGCGUUUGUGUUGCUAAACAAAGAGAAUCCGGAUCAAGUUGGAGACAAUUUGCUUUCCAAAACACUGACCACGGGAGACGUGAUGGUACGCUGGAAGGAUGGGAAAACCUCACCCCUGUAUGCUGAUGCCAGCGAAGCAGAAGCAUAGUACCUCAUGUCUAUAUUUUGGCUCUUUGGGAAACCUGGGAGGAUUUCUGGACUAUUGACAUUUUUGGAAUGCGGGUUUCAAAGCCAAAUUCAUUAAGCAGAAUCAAAAAGCCAGCAAGACAUAAUGACUGCUUUUGAGUUUUACAAAAUCAAUAAUCCACCAAACAAUUCAUCUACCAGCUAUCUUUACAUGAUACGUUGAACUAGGUUGGCCUAGUGGCUUCCUUCACACAACAGGUUAAGCCUGGUCAGUUGGUUCAGGUGGUUCCUGUUAGUGUUAACCAAUUUUAUUUUGGGCCCUAAUGUAGUGUCACCGGAGCAUUCACGGGGUCAAACAAAGCUGUGGCAGGCCCCUCAAAGCAGCCAGAACUUCAAUUGCACAGUUGGGUUACCAUCUUGACUUGACCAUCUGUGAGGAGACCUCUGAUGUCAACCUGCCUCAAUGGGUUGAGUAGGGGGUGAACCCAGAAAAAGGGCCAAUUCAAGAACCAAUUAAGGAUAUGGUGUGAAGGUUGUUGCUUUGCUAUUUUGCGCCAACCCACAAAAAAAAUAAAUCUGUCAGAUUAUCUGGAAAGA